ACUUUUCAACUCGCUUAUGAAAUUAAUAGGAAGCAAGCGAAUGCGUACAGCAGCUUACCACCCAGAGUCUAAUGGAAUUAUAGAAAGGUGGCAUAGAUCUCUAAAAAACGCCAUUCGUUGUCAUCAAGAUAAAAACUGGAUUCAAGCAUUACCAAUAGUACUCUUGGGUUUACGUACAAGUUUAAAAGAAGACAUCAAGGCUACAGCAGCGGAAUUAGUUUACGGUACAACGUUAAGAUUGCCAGCAGAAUAUUUUAUUAACGAAGAUCCAAGAGCUCAAGACAUACACGUUUUUGCCAAGAAACUCAGGGAACGGAUGAAAGAUGUGAGGGCAACGCCAACAGCACAUCAUGUAAAGAGAAGAGCAUUUGUACAUAAGGAAUUGGACACGUGUACACAUGUAUUCCUACGAGUCGACAGAGCGAGAGGACCCCUGGAGUCGCCAUAUGAAGGACCUUAUCAAAUCCUUCGGAGAGUUUCUGAUUCUUUGUUUCAGAUUCGUUUAAGAGAGGAAGCUGUCAAUAUUCCAAUCGAGAGGCUAAAACCAGCAUUCACAGAGACAUUGGCGGAAUGUGAGACUGCAUGGGAUGAUUCGGAUAGACUCGACCAACCUUCCACCCCCAGGCCGGACCAGCCAAGAACGUACUCUCGGAAGCAGGUCAAAUUUCGCGCCUAAAGUGAGGACUUAGGCACUCGGGGAGGAGUAUGUGGCGGCAUCUAAGGAGUACAAGGCAGAACUAGCCCGACCAAUGAGAGGGCAGCACGAAUACCGAGAUGGAGAGCCUUGGAAGGAAUCAGAGAACAAAGAGAAGCUAAUUGCUCGCGCUUUAAGUCACACGUGCAUUAAGUAAUCAGUUCUAGUCUGUAUUAAAUAAAGUCAGCAUCUUUAUAUAUUUUCACCU